AUGGCCAGCAACCGCCAAAGAGAGCGAGGUGCUGGCUUGGUUUGGUGGCUUAAUACCCAAGCUGGAAUGCUGGCGACCCGGCGAAAACUAUUAGCGCAGCCGAGGACUCCAUUAAUUGGCUCCACAGGCAAACGCAGUAUGGAUAUCGGCUUUAUUAACAGUGAAAUCACUUAUAAUCCUGACUUUGAAGAUUCGAGAUAUUAUUACAACCCGAAGGCGGAUACAGCGUCGAUUGCAUGGAUUGAUCUUGUAAGGUACGUAAGAGAGGUGUUCGGCGCCCAAGAGAACCGUCGCUUCGUACUGGGCUUUACUCUCUGCGGGUCUCUUAUGAGGGUAUGGGAGUUUGACCGGCUUGGGGGGAUCGCCUCCGAAUAA